UCCCCGCGACUGCAGCAGCGCCGGUUCCCUCCCGGUCCCCGCCUCGGCCCCGGGCUCCGAAGCGGCUCGGGGGGCGCCCUUUCGGUCAGCGUCGUCGUCUACCCCUUCCCCAUCCCCAUCCUCUGGGGACCCAAGCUCGCCAGCGCCCAGCCUGGGGAGCCGGCCGGGAAGCGCGAUGGGGGCCCCUUCCGCCCUGCCCCUGCUCCUGCUUUUCGCCUGCCGCUGGGCGCCCGGCGGGGCCAACCUCUCCCAGGACGGCUACUGGCAGGAGCAGGAUUUGGAGCUGGGAACUCUGGCUCCACUGGACGAGGCCAUCAGCUCCACAGUCUGGAGCAGCCCUGACAUGCUGGCCAGUCAAGAUAGUCAGCCAUGGACGUCUGAUGAGACCGUGGUGGCUGGCGGCACCGUGGUGCUCAAGUGCCAAGUGAAGGAUCAUGAGGACUCAUCCUUGCAGUGGUCUAACCCUGCUCAGCAGACUCUCUACUUUGGGGAGAAGAGAGCCCUUCGAGAUAAUCGGAUCCAGCUGGUGAGCUCCACGCCCCGUGAGCUCAGCAUCAGCAUCAGCAACGUGGCCCUGGCCGACGAGGGCGAGUACACCUGCUCCAUCUUCACCAUGCCUGUGCGAACAGCCAAGUCACUCGUCACUGUACUCGGCAUCCCUCAGAAGCCCAUAAUCACGGGUUACAAGUCAUCAUUACGGGAAAAGGAGACAGCCACCCUGCACUGUCAGUCCUCUGGAAGCAAACCUGCAGCACAGCUCAUCUGGCGGAAGGGUGACCAAGAGCUCCGUGGAGAACCAACCAGAAUACAGGAAGAUCCCAAUGGAAAAACCUUCACCGUGAGCAGCUCAGUGACGUUCCAAGUCACCCGGGAGGACGACGGAGCCAACAUCGUGUGCUCCGUGAUACAUGAGUCUCUGAAGGGAGCCGACAGAUCCACCUCUCAACGCAUUGAAGUCUUAUACACACCAACCGCGAUGAUUAGGCCGGACCCUCCACAUCCCCGGGAAGGCCAGAAACUGUUGCUUCAUUGUGAGGGACGUGGCAAUCCGGUCCCCCAGCAGUACCUCUGGGAGAAGGAGGGCAGUGUGCCACCCCUCAAGAUGACCCAGGACAGUGCUCUCAUCUUCCCCUUCCUCAACAAGAGUGACAGCGGCACCUACGGCUGCACAGCCACCAGCAACAUGGGCAGCUACAAGGCCUACUUCACGCUCAAUGUGAAUGACCCCAGCCCAGUGCCCUCGUCCUCCAGCACCUACCACGCCAUCAUCGGCGGGAUCGUGGCAUUCAUCGUCUUCCUGCUGCUCAUCUUGCUCAUCUUCCUGGGCCACUACCUGAUCCGGCACAAAGGGACCUACCUGACACACGAGGCCAAGGGCUCCGACGACGCCCCGGACGCGGACACGGCCAUCAUCAACGCAGAAGGCGGGCAGUCAGGCGGGGAUGACAAGAAGGAAUAUUUCAUCUAGGGGCGCCUGCCUACCACCUGCGCCCCCCACAAGGGCCCCGUGCGGACGGCUGGGCCAUCACCAACCCGGACUUGUACAGAAAGACCCCAGGGCCGCCCCUCCCGCUUGCUCCCCAGCCCACCCACCCCCCUGUACAGAAUGUCUGCUUUGGGUGCGGUUUUGUACUCGGUUUGGAAUGGGGAGGGAGGAGGGCGGGGGGGAGGGGAGGGUUGCCCUCAGCCCUUUCCGUGGCUUCUCUGCGUUUGGGUUAUUAUUAUUUUUGUAACAAUCCCAAAUCAAAUCCGUCUCCAGGCUGGAGAAGUGGGGGUCCUGGGCUUAAAAAAAAAAAAAAAAAAAAACUCAAGUGUUAGGAGGAGGAGGAAGAAGAUGCAGGGCUCAGGGAAGGGCGUGAAGGGCAGGGUCUGCUUGGAGGGGUAGCGUCUCCCCAGCCCUCCUUCUAUCCCCUACAAGAGCAGCUGCCAAGACUUCCCCAGGGGUGAGGACAGGAAGCAGAGGGUUGUUACAAGCAGGGGCUGGCUGUGGCUUUUCUUCUGCCCAGCCACACACCAUGAGCCGUGGACCCGGGAAGACCAGUGCCACUUUGACACCCCCC